UAAUGUCAAGAGUAAAAUAAUCUGCAUGUAAUAUUGUAAGUAUUAUAGGGUUUUAGAUGUAUAACCAUCUCCAAGUUCAGGGAGAAUAUAAAAGAUUUCUGAGAAAUUAUCAACUAUCUAGAUUGGAGUGGAGAAUGAGCGAUUCUAAAAAUUAGAAUAGGCUGAAUAAAGAAUUCAAUAAGCAGAAGAUGCAUUCAAUGAGUUUCAAGAGUAAAUCUUUACAAAACUAAAUGGAUUAAGAGAUUAAGUAUCUACAUAAUUUUAAAUGUUCGUUAACAGUUAGGCAAAUUAUAAAAGUAAGUGGAAGAUGAUAGAUUGGCAAAGGAAUAAGCUAAUGAAGCCAAGAAUAGAGAUGUCUAAGCAUUAACAAAGAAGUUUGAGAAUGCCAUUGAGAAUGAAUAGUAAACUAAGAAGGAAGGAGAAGCUAAAGUUCUUAGAUUGACUGAAGAUAAAACAGCACUUUUAAGAACUGAAGUAUAAAAGGAGAUAGCUCAAAGAGUAGAUGCCAUUGAAGGCAUUCAUUAAGGUCUAUAAAAUGAUUUGCCUAAGAUUUAAGAGGCCAUUAGAGAAGAAGCUAAUGAGAGAGAUGAGGCAGAUUAAAAUGUAAGUUAUUAUAAUUAUUAUUUAAUAGGUAAUGAAAUCAAUUACAGAUGAAUUGGUUAAGUUAAGUAAUUUGAUUAAUGUAGAGAAGAGAAAUAGAGAUGAAAGUGAAUAAUCAAUAUUUGAAAUGUUAAAAGAUAUUGUUAAUAGAGUGAAAGUUGAAUUAGAUUAAGAGAAGAGAACAAGAGAAUAAUCUGAAGAACAUUUAUUAAGUUUAUUGGAAGAUACAUGUAAUAAACUAAGUAUUGCAGCAAAUUUAUGAA